UUUAUUGCAUGAAAUUUCAGCUUUAGAUUUAUUAUAGACUUUUUAGCGAAUAAUUUUCGUAGCAAAAAAAAAUUAAGUAACAUCUCAUUCAUGUAAAACUUUUCUAAAAAGAAAUUAUAUGAUCGUUAUCAAGAAAUUUUAUCAAUCUGAAUUUGAUUAACGAGGUUAGAUCUGAUGUAAGAAAUAUCAGGUAUGCGUAAAUGAAGUUAAUUGAGAAGUUUAGUAUGUAAUUAUUACAUACUGAAGAAAAAAGCGAGCUAUUGCAGGCCUAUAAUCAUGUCACAUGUUGUCUGUUCUGUCGACGUAUCAUGUCGAUGACUUGCUCUUUAAAGUUAUCACUGGAAAGUUUUGUAUGUUGAUAUAACUUAAAGUGAAAUUAUUUUUACGAUGAAUAAAUUAAACAAUAUAUCAAACGCACGCGUCGAUUUGGAUGAUCCAAGAUUUCGUAUUAGACCGUAUCAACAAAUUGUGGCUUCUUGCACCGGCGCAUUUAUCACAUCGGUCUUUGUGACUCCACUGGAUGUGGUAAAAAUACGUCUUCAAACGCAGCAGAAAGCGAUGCUUUCCAAUAAAUGUUUCUUAUAUUGUAAUGGUUUAAUGGAUCAUUUAUGUCCUUGUAGUAAUGGCAAUAUGCCUGAAUGGAUGAGAAGAAAUGGAAAAUUUAAUGGCACAAUUGAUGCUUUAAUAAAAAUAAGUAAAACAGAAGGUGUGACAUCAUUAUGGAGUGGGUUGAGUCCUACUCUUGUUCUAGCUGUACCUGCAACUGUUGUAUACUUUGUUUCGUAUGAACAAUUAAGAUUAUAUCUUAAGGACAUGUACAAUAGAGACUUUAAAAAGAAGGGAACUAAUGUGGAACAACCCUUUUGGAUUCCUAUUUUAGCUGGUGGCACAGCACGAAUUUGGGCUGCGACACUGGUGAGUCCAUUGGAGUUGAUACGAACAAAAAUGCAAUCACAGAAACUAAGUUAUGCAGAAAUAACACAGGCAUUGAAAAUGGUUGUGAAAUACAGUGGCAUUUCUGGCUUAUGGAUGGGAUUGUGUUCGACUCUUCUUCGUGAUGUUCCUUUUAGUGCUAUAUACUGGUUAAAUUAUGAGACUAUAAAGAGACUGUAUACUUCAUACAGUACACAGCAAACUUUUACUUUUAAUCUGGCAGCAGGAGCUAUAUCUGGAUCUAUAGCAGCAUUUGUUACUAUUCCGUUUGAUGUGGUAAAAACACACAGGCAAAUUGAAAUAGGCGAAAAAGAAAUUUAUUCAGAUAAACCUAUUCGUAGCAGUACUACAUGGACCAUAAUACAAAGGAUCUAUCAUCAAAAUGGAUUGAAAGGUUUAUUCACAGGACUAACACCACGUUUGGUGAAAGUGGCUCCAGCCUGUGCAAUUAUGAUCGCGACUUUCGAACAUGGCAAACGUUUUUUCCAAUCGUAUAAUGCUAGAAAGGCUUUUGAAGUUGAAAUUGAACAUGAUGUACAUUUAUUGCAACACAAAUCACAAAGUACGAAAUGAUAUGCUUGCUACAAGCUAGUGUACAAAGCUAUAAUAAACUUUAGUUUUGUUCUUUAA